AUGGACGAACGUGAAUCAUGGAAUUCGACACCAAGUAACCUUAAACCGAUGAAUGGUGAAGGGUCAAACACGAUGGCGGUUGAUGGCAAACGUGGAUGGUCAUCGGGAAUGCUUGGAGAGCGAUCUUCACCCAGCAUACUUGGUGAAAAUUAUACCUCGACAAUCAGAACGCAAACUCCACAGACGACCGCAAGUAUUUCGUCGGUGGGAAGUGGAAUUGGUGAUUUACUUGACAGAUCAACUUCUCCUUCAUUCAAAUAUGAACAUUCGAUCAAAAGCAAUAGCAGUCAACAAUACCCUGAGACGAUAAUUACAAAGGAACCAUACAGUUCGCCACGAACACCACCUCCGAAAAACACGUCUAGACCUUCCUCACCGACAUUGCCACCGUCACAAAUGAACAGAAGUAACUAUAAUAAUUAUGAACAAUUAAUAAUGAAUACCAAUAUAAGGGAGGGGACGAUGCACGAUGAACAAAUGUCGCAAUUUCUUAACAUUGAAAACCAACCGUCUAUCCAAAAUACAUCAUAUUCGCUGUCACCAUCAAACUAUGUAACACCAAUACCAAGGCCAUUGUCAAUAGCUACAUCAGUUGAGCAA